AUGGGCGACAUUGAAGACACACACUUUGAGACCGGGGACUCCGGAGCCUCAGCCACCUUCCCCAUGCAAUGCUCGGCCCUCCGCAAGAACGGGUUCGUGAUGCUGAAAGGUCGCCCCUGCAAGAUUGUAGAGAUGUCCACCUCCAAGACAGGGAAACAUGGUCACGCUAAGGUCCACUUGGUCGGCAUAGAUAUAUUCAAUGGAAAGAAGUAUGAGGAUAUAUGUCCUUCCACUCACAACAUGGACGUGCCUCACGUGAAGCGCGAGGACUACCAGCUGACGGACAUAUCGGACGACGGGUACCUCACGCUCAUGGCUGACAACGGGGACCUGCGCGAGGACCUCAAGAUACCCGACGGAGACCUCGGCCUGCAGCUACGGGCCGACUUUGACAGUGGCAAGGAGUUGUUGUGCACUGUCCUCAAGUCUUGCGGCGAGGAGUGUGUGAUCGCGGUGAAGGCAAACACGGCUCUCGACAAAUAA